AUACUUUUGAUACUUGAUGUUUUUGACUUGAUGAGAUAUCAAAAUGCUAACGAAUAAAUUCAUGGAAGUUGUAUACCUCCAAUUUAUGGAGGUCUAACUACAGUAUGGUCUUAAAAAAUUUGCUGUCAAGUUUCAAUCUCAAUUUAACAAUCAAUGAAGUUACUAGACCAGGUGAAUCUACUCAUUGUGAGGGGACGUGUAUUGACAAUAUUGCUACAUCAAUUCAUUUUGAAAGAAUUAUCUCAGCAGAGGUUGAGCCGAUGAUUGUCUCGGAUCAUUUUGCUCUAGUGCUUAGCUGCCAACUUGAUGUGACUGAUCCUACAGCUUCAAAAUAUUUAAUAGGUAAUAAUAAGUCUAGAAGAAUUAUCAGACCACUUAAUUACACUAAUAUUGUUAAAUUUCAAUCAAUAAUUGCAAGAACUAAUUGGUUAGAUGUUUAUGCAAUCAAUAGUAUUGAGGAUAAAUUUUCCCACUUUCUCAAUAAAUUUAUUUGUAUUGCUGAUGCAGCUCUUCCCAUCAUAUGUGUUGAAAGUGGCAGAUGUCCUCCAGUAAAAUUAUUUUGGUACACUGAGGAGAUUAAAAAUAUUAAGGAGCAAUGUUUACUUAUGUACGACCUCUAUAAGAUGUCCGGUUCUGCCACUCAUAAAAGCAUGUAUAAUCAGUUGAAAAGAUCUUUUAGAAAAAUGGUAAAAAAGACUAAACUCGAUUACAAUAAUAAUCGUAUUUUGCGUGCUAAAAACAAGCCAAGGGAAUUGUGGUCAAUAGUCAGAGAGAAUUUGAAUAGGAAUGAAGUAGCUAAAGGUGAUAAAAUAUCUAGUCAUACACCAGAUGGUUUCAAUGAUUUUUUUAUUGACAGUAUAGAUGAAAAAUUGCGUUCAAUAGCAGAUCCUGUCCAUGACGUUUUUCAUUAUCUUGACAAUUACAAAAAUUCAAUGCCAAACUCUUCAAAACCCUCUUUCUCUUUUCAUCUUACUAGUGUUGAGCAGGUUCAUAGUGUAAUACUAUCCUUAAAGAAUAGUGCUUGUCUUGAUGUGUAUUGCUUGAAUUCUUACUUGUAAUCUACUAGGCAGCUUCUAUGAC